AAAACAUCACUAGCAAAGUAUAGCGACCUUCCUGUGCGAAUUUUUGUUUAAUUUUAUAAUUAUUGCUAUAAAAAUAAAAUUUCUACGAUCAAAUACAUAUGAAUAAAUUAAUUGAUUGUUUGAUUUAGUAAAUCACCCAAUAAACUCCAGAUCAAUCUUUCUAUUGACAUAUUUGCAGAGAGCAUUAUUCCAUUACUCCGAACGAUGACGGCCAUAUCCAGUUUGCAAAACUUCGUUACCGAUGCAAUCGAAUGCACCCGCUUUCGAUUGAUCCGCGAUGAGGAAGAUUUCGAAGACGACUCGGUCGCAUUCCACCCGGAAAUGGCACACCAGAUUUUCGGCGAACAGGAAAGCAUUUUUGGGUACCGAGAUCUGCAAAUUGACGUAUGCUUCACGGCCAGUUCCCUGGAUAUCUACUUCAACAUAAAGUAUUCUAAAAAGGUCGAGGAUGUUUGCCCCGAAGGCAUCAAAGCCGACGACGUAGAAAAAGCUCUUGCUGAAAUAGUGGAGGACGGUUGCUAUUACACAAACUUGGAGGAGUACAAGAAGGUGGUGAAAGCUAAAUCACAAUCGUUUAAACCAUUCGGGGAGAAGGUGGAUGAAUUCCAAAUAAAUUCUGGAACUUCGAACGGUUGUACCAGAACCUUUGAGGUGUACAUGAGUGAUGUCACUGAUAAGGAGUUUCUGAAAUUCCACUCCCGUUUGGAGUCAUUCUCCUUCUGGUUUAUUGAUGCGUUCAGCCGAGUGGAACACGAUCCCUUGUGGUUGUUCUUCAUGGUGUACGAAAAAUACUCAAACAACAAUAAUGAAACCCGUUUUGCCAUCGCUGGAUAUUUUACCGUAUAUCAGUAUUUCUCAUAUCCGCAAUUUAUUAGGCCACGGGUUAGUCAGAUUUUAGUGCUUCCCCCGUUUCAAAAGUUGGGCAUCGCUUCAAGGCUGAUCGAGGGAACGGUGUUUAAAUACUUUGUGUCGAAGGAGAACGUUGCCGACAUCACCUACGAACAGCCGACGGAGGUCGUCCAGCAUAUUCGAUCCGUGGCGGAUGCCAAGCGCUGCAUGACGCUGCCGUCGUUUGCGAAAGACAAGUUACUAGCUGGAUUUUCGAAGACCAUGCUCAAAGAUGCUAAGGAAAAGUUCAAGAUCAAUCCUAAGCAGUGUCGCAUAAUAUAUGAGAUUCUUCGACUGGGAGUCACCGACACUAAAAACGAUGUAGAGUACAGGAAGUACCGAGUGGAGGUAAAAAAACGGCUUAAUCUAAACGAUAGUAAGAACCGUCGGGAACUAGUGCGACUGCAAAAAAAAGGAGUUGAUGUGAGCGGUGCGUUCAGCAUUCUACCAACGCUGGAGGAUAGAAUCGAGCAGCUUCAUGCAGCAUACAAGGAAGUUGAGAAGGUGUAUCACCAAGUGUUGAAAAAAUUACAAUUACAUGCAUGAAUUAAUAUCCUAGGAAUUAAUAACCCGAGCAGCACCAGUUAGACAGAAGUGGUUGCAGCAACUUGAUGGGGCUGAAUCUGGUCACAUAUAAGUUGCAGUGGCUCAUGCGGAACAUGUGUGCUGCUAGGGAAGCAAUGGCGAUUCAUCUCCAUUCACAAGUCGAUGUGUCACUCCAUCUGUUUGUUCGUAUUAAUGAUCUUUUGUUUUAGUUCCUUGAACCACAGACAAACAGACAACACUCGUCAAAUUUCCAUCGUUCACUGAUUUAUUGAUCAAUUCAAAUAAUCAUUAGUUGGCCAAUCGAUCACUCGUGGCGUGGGCAUCAGAUUUGCUCUAGUUUAACGUUUGCUCACUUUUGCCAUCUGGUUCGUGAUUUGCCCAGCUAACUGAAAUCAACAGAUGUCGUUAGUGUUUGAACGACGAUAAAUUUGAUGAGUGAAUGUUCAAUGUGUUAUGUCUGUUUGUCUGUGCUUGAACUGUACUGUACUCACUAAUUUUAUGUUAUGCGGAAAUAAAACUGAUUGUGUAAACUGA